AUGGCCACAGGGCUGCUCAAGCUUCUGUCAGGCAUCCCCCUGGCUGAGCAGGGGAGUCUUGGGAGUGGUAAUAGUGUAAUUCGGAGCCAGAGGCAGAGAUCUCAAAGCACAGGGCAGAAGGCAAAGAAGGACCGGACACCCAGGGGCAGGAACAAGAAAGGGCAUGGCUCUGCUGAGGCUGAGGAUCUCCUUCCCUCUCCUCGGAAGCCCUCUUUCCCUUUCCAAUGGGCUUGGGAAAGCGUCAUCACAGGUGGCCAGGCUCCGCUUCAGCUGCCUGGCUCUCCCUCCACCCCUGGCCACGGGGCCCUGCCCUUGACCCCAGCGGUACCCCAGCACAAGUCCAGCCGUAAGUCCACAGCCAACUUCCUGGAGGCCCGUGACUUUUGCUGGAAGAUGAAGUUGCAAAACCUGGAGAGGAGACAGCAGUUCAGGGCCUGGGGCUGCAUCUCCAUCCCUUCUAGUGAAGGGGAGGAGCAGGAGCUGGAGCUGCCCAGGGAGCGUGGCCUCCAGCCACCUGGGAAAAGGUCAGGAUCAGGAUCGGAGUCUGAGGAGGCUGCUGAGCUGCAAGCCUCGGGUGCCGAGGAGGCGGAGAGGGCUCUGAGCCCUGGGGAUCUGCUCCAGCUCCCUAGGAGGGGGCCGAUCUUGGGGGAGGAAUGGUUUGCAGGGGAGGCAGAGGAGGUUGAGGAGGAGAAACACAGGGCCCCCCACAGAAGGAAGGCAGGUUCUCGGAGAAAAGGGCGGAAUUCCAGCGAAAAGGCCUCCGAGGAGGGUGAACUGCAGUGCCAAGGGAACAAUCCCAGCUCCAACCACCCCCAAAAACCACAGAGGAGGAAGGCAAGGGCCACGGAGCCAGAGGGGCCGUGGGACCUGGGGAAGCUGCAGAGACAGUUACAGCAAAACUUGGAUUGUGGCCCCCAGAAACAUCCCUGGAAGGCUUUGCGGGCUGCUGCCCAGGCCUCCAACAGGAGUAGGAAGGACCUGGGUAAUAAUGAGGCACUCCAGUCUGCCAACUUCCCUAACCGCACCUUCCACAAACGACAGGAGGCCACCAGAAGCCUGCUGCAGGCCUGGGAGCAGCAACAGGAGGAGGAGCGGCAGCAGGCUGAGCAGCGGCAGGCCCGGGAGCAGCGGGUCCAGCAUCAGGUGGCCCGCUGCCUGGCAGCCUAUGCACCUGCAGGGAGUCGGGGGCCAGGGGCCACCCAGCGCAAGCUGGAGGAGCUGAGGCGCCAGGAGCGACAGCGCUUUGCCGAGUACCAGGCAGAGCUGCAGGGCAUCCAGCACAGGGUGCAGGCCCGGCCCUACCUGUUCCAGCAGGCCAUGCAGGCCAACGCCCGGCACACUGUCACCAGGCGCUUCUCCCAGGUGCUGUCGGCACUGGGACUGGAUGAGGAACAGCUGCUGGCUGAGGCAAGAAAGGGGGACCUGAAGGGCACCUCCAGGAAACCCAGGAGCCACAGGUCAAUAGGAGAAAGGACGGAACACUCUUCUCAGAGCCCUCCCCAAGGACAGAACCUACCAGCAGCCAGCCUGAGAGGCACUCCACCCCAAGCCCAGACUGGGAAUCCAGUCCCUUAGAU